AAUUAUAAUCAGUAGAAGUUUUUGUAAGACUGCUCCUUUAAGGGUGUAGUUUGAGGAAAUAGGAAGUCAGUCCAGUAACAUUUAGCACAAAGACCACAAACAAAAGGCGUUUGUGAAUGAUGGCAGGAAUAAAAGCUCUUGUUGCGUUAUCCUUCAGUGGUGCACUUGGACUGACUUUUCUCCUUUUGGGAUGUGCACUGGAACAGUUUGGAGUGUACUGGCCAAUGUUUGUCCUGAUGUUCUACAUCCUGUCACCUAUCCCAAAUUUAAUAGCCAGGAGGCAUGCGGACGACACCGAGUCAAGCAAUGCAUGCAGGGAGCUUGCAUACUUUUUAACCACUGGAAUUGUGGUGUCAGCAUAUGGGCUACCCGUUGUGCUUGCACGGAAAUCUGUGAUCCAGUGGGGCGCCUGUGGACUGGUAAUGGCAGGCAAUUGUGUCAUUUUUCUGACCAUUCUGGGUUUCUUCCUGAUAUUUGGAGGUGGAGAUGACUUUAGCUGGGAACAGUGGUAAAACCUACCCGGAAGAAGAACAUAACUACAUUAUAAACUACGAAACUUUAAAUAGCUUGCCAUGGCAAUGCUGAUUAACCCAGGCCUUGACAGAGACUGUGUCCAUUGCUUUGUUUUACUCUCGGGUUAUGGCUGCUUUGGUGUUCUGCUUCUGCCUUUUCAUUUGCAUUACAUAUGCAUGGCUCUGUGUAUACAAUAAUUUGCUAAAAAAAAAAGGUAAUUAUGAAGUUGCAUUUAUAGAAAUAUUGCAUUUAAACUUGUUUGAACAGCAAAAAGAGUAAAUCUCACAACCUGUAUAGUACAGUUUGGGUCAUAUUUAAUCAAAUCAUAAGCAAUCAAUUAUGAUUUGCUUAAAUGAAAUGAAGCCUGUUUUUGGAACAUUUAUUGAUUUUUAUUUUUAAUUUAAAAAUUAAGAUUUCUUCCCCACCCUCUCAUCAACAGGUGUGUUUUUUCAAAAUGAUUUAUUAUUUGAUGUAUUAAAAACAAAUAAUUUUGAUAGCUGUCAUUUUUUAUUUGCGGUAUUACACAAGAGGUUCACAAUAAUUCGGAAAAAGUCCUAAAAGCAGGCUUCUACUUUUACACAUACACAUACAGUCCACUGGUUUUGUGAGAUUCAUGCUCAAAUAACAAAUUUUAGAAUGAACCAGAAAUCGUUUAUGCAAGCCAAUUAAACCAUCAUUAAGAUUUAGAAUUUAAUAAUACACAAAGGUAAGCAUUUUUUUUGUCCUUUUUUAGCAGCUUGAAUUGUUAGUACUUAUGAAUGAUCAUCAUUUGCACUUGAUAUAUAUGCCUGCCAGUUAAGAGGCAUAAUGAAUUAUCAAACAAUGUCACCUAAGAGCAAUGCUUUGUGUUUGCAAACAGAAGCGAUAUAACCAUGGCAAUCUAUGGAGUGUUUUUGUCUUUAGUUUUGCAAUGCCACUAAUGUCAGUUACGGAUUGGACCUUCUUAAACUGUUUACACCACAUUACCAAAGCAAACAUCUUCCUUCUGUUCUGUUCCUUCAUUCCUCGUUAUAUCAGUUCCAUGUGGGUCUGUAAAAACAGGAAGAAAAAGUUUUAAAUUCAUGCAGAAUACAAUCAUAAACAGCUUUUCAGUGAUUAUAGAAUGCUUAUUAUGGUUACAUAUGUUUUCAUGCAUUUUCUUACAACUGACAUAAUUCCACAUCAAAGCUUAUGAAACUGUGUGAAAAUGUAACUUAAUAUAUUGUAGGCUAUAUAGUAAAUGCAGAGUCUGAGAUCCAGUUUCAUCUUUAAAGACAUAGUGUUCGGGUUUAAUGAUUGACAGUUUCACACUACUUCUAUUGACAUUAAUAGUUUAUAAAGGGUUGUAAGGUUAUCAUUUUAUCCACUGUUUAAAAUCUUCCUGUUUUGUUUCUUCAGAGGUUAGACUGACUCUACACAGAAUCACUUGUAUAAGGGAUGUUUUUGAUAUACCUUUGUGAUCUUGUUUCAGCACUUUCAAACAAUAUCCAUUUGAUUAUAUGAAUUAAAAAACACUUGAAUUUUU